AAACACAUAUGGGUAGUUCUCAUUUUGAAAUCUGAAAAUUUGCAUAUAUCGUACGCCUCACUCCAACUUUCACUAGAAAACCCUUUUCCGCUCUCAUACUCUCCAUCGCGCUUUCUCUCUCUAGGGUUUUACGUCUCAAAUCUCGCUCUCUCUCAACCCUCCUAAACAAUGGCGUCCGCGGCGGUGGCAAAGGCGAAGCCGACAGAGACGUUCGUCGACAACAAGCGGAAAGACGACAUCCGGAUGGCGAACAUCGCGGCGGCGCAGGCGGUGGCGGACGCCGUCCGGACCAGCCUCGGCCCCAAGGGUAUGGACAAGAUGAUCUCCACCGCUUCCGGCGAGGUCAUUAUCACCAACGACGGCGCCACGAUCCUCAACAAGAUGGAGGUCCUCCAGCCCGCCGCCAAGUUCCUCGUCGAGCUCUCCAAAUCUCAGGACGUCGUCGCUGGAGACGGCACCACCACGGUCGUGGUCAUUGCCGGCGCGCUGCUCAAAGCUUCGCUCACUCUAUUGAACGCCGGCAUUCACCCCACUGUCGUGUCCGAUUCGCUCCACAAGGCUUCGAUUAAGGCCGUCGAGAUUUUGUCUGCUAUGGCCGUCCCCGUGGAGCUGUCGGAUCGCGAUUCGCUCGUGAAAUCUGCAUCGACGUCGCUGAACUCUAAGGUGGUUUCUCAGUACUCUACUCUUUUGGCGCCUUUAGCUGUUGAUGCUGUGCUUUCUGUGGUGGAUCCUGAGAAGCCUGAUUUAGUUGAUUUGAAAGAUAUUAAGAUAGUGAAGAAACUGGGUGGUACUGUUGAUGAUACUGAAUUGGUGAAAGGGCUUGUUUUUGAUAAGAAGGUGAGUCAUGCUGCAGGUGGCCCUACUAGAGUGGAAAAUGCUAAGAUAGCUGUGAUACAAUUUCAGAUUUCCCCACCCAAAACUGAUAUAGAACAGAGCAUUGUGGUGUCAGACUAUUCGCAGAUGGAUAGGAUUUUGAAAGAGGAGAGAAAUUAUAUCUUGGGAAUGAUUAAGAAGAUAAAAGCUACAGGGUGUAACGUAUUGUUGAUUCAGAAGAGUAUCUUGAGGGAUGCUGUCACGGACUUGUCGUUGCAUUAUUUAGCUAAGGCUAAGAUUUUGGUCAUUAAAGACAUUGAGAGGGAUGAGAUUGAGUUCAUCACCAAGACUUUGAACUGUCUGCCAAUCUCUAACAUAGAGCACUUCCGCGCUGAGAAGAUGGGGUUUGCUGAUAUGGUGGAGGAGGUGCCGCUGGGAGAUGGUGGGAAGAUUGUGAAGAUUAUGGGAAUUAAGGACAUGGGGAGGACAACAAGUGUGCUGGUCCGUGGUUCAAACCAUUUGGUGCUUGAUGAGGCCGAAAGGAGUUUGCACGAUGCUUUGUGUGUGAUAAGGUGUUUGGUUAACAAGAAAUAUCUGAUUGCUGGUGGUGGAGCGCCUGAGAUAGAGCUUUCGAGGCAGUUAGGAGCUUGGGCAAAGGUGCUGCAGGGAAUGGAAGGGUACUGUGUCAAAGCUUUUGCUGAAGCACUUGAGGUGAUUCCUUACACUUUGGCUGAGAAUGCGGGGUUGAAUCCAAUUGCCAUUGUCACUGAGCUGAGGAACAGGCACGCACAAGGUGAAAUCAAUGCAGGGAUCAAUGUGAGGAAAGGACAGAUCACUAACAUUUUGGAGGAGAAUGUAGUGCAGCCUCUGCUAGUAAGCACAAGCGCAAUUGCCUUGGCUGCAGAGUGUGUUCGGAUGAUCUUGAAGAUUGAUGACAUAGUUACUGUGAGGUAGAGUUGAUCAGAUGUUAAAAGUAUUGGCCGCUGGGUGUUUGUUUUCAGUUAUUACCUUUGCUGUUUUUGUGUUAGUUUACUCAAUUUUGUGACCUUUUGGCUGUAUUCAAGUAGACUCAUUACUUUUUCUAGUGAAUGAUGGUACUGGUCUGUCAUGUACUAUCUCAUUGCCUUUCA